AUGGUCGUAAUGGUCGUAAUGGUCGUAUUCGUUGUAUUCGUCGUAAUGGUCUUGAUGGUCGGUCGUAAGGUCGUUAUCGUCGUUAUCUUCAAUUCUAAAUCUAAUAAACAAUACAAAAAAGUAAUCGUUGUAAUCGUUGUAAUCGUUGUAAUCGUUGUAAUCGUUGUAAUCGUCGUAAUCGUCUUCAUGGUCUUCAUGGUCGUUAUGGUCGUUAUGGUCGUAAUCGUCGUAAUCGUCUUAAUUGCCGCAGUGGUCGUAGUGCAAAUUAAUCGUCGUAAUGGUCUUAUUGGUCUUAACGGUCGUAAUCGUCUUGACGGUCUUAACGGUCUUAACGGUCGUUAUGGUCGUUAUGGUCGUUAUGGUCGUUAUGUUGGUUAUGUUGGUUAUGUUGGUUAUGCUCGUACUGAUCGUAUUGGUCGUUAUGGUAAUAAUCGUCGUAAUCGUCGUUAUGGUCAUAGUGGUUGUAGUGUUCGUAUUGGUCUUAUUGGACGUAUUGGUCGUUAUGUAAUUGUUGUAAUCGUCGUUAUCGUCGUAAUAAUUGUAAUGGUCGUAACGGUCGUAAUGGUCGUAAUAAUCCCAAUGUUCGUUUUAACCGUAAUCGUCGUAAUCGUCGUAGUCUUGGUAGUCGUUGUAGUCGUGCGUCCAUUCCACUGUAGCUACGGAGAGGUCCUUCACGUCAUGUUCAUGUAUCAGUAUCCAGUGUCCCGUUUCCAGUCCCGUUUUGCUUUUGAGCAUCAGUACUUUUUAAGCUCUUUGCGAUUAUCGGUUAGUCUGGCCAUUGAGUUCGCUCAAGGGGAGAAGAAACCAAAAGGGAUUCUGUCUUGGACUUUAUUGUUUGAGAUGGAGAAGCUCCAAUGUUUGAACCGGAGUGGUCUUUUGGCUGCUCUGGAUUGUGAACUAGUGAACUGCUUUUCCAGACAUACCAACAAGUCAGUAGCCUUCACUCCCUGGAAAAGGUUAUUGGAGGGUGCAAUCCCCUCACCUUGUCUUGAGUUCUUGUCUUUGUUUUCAUCGAAGGCUAAACUUAUUUAUAAAAAACCAACUGAUCACAAGUACCGUCAGGGAAAGACGUUGGAUAUUGGCUCUCCAGAUUUUGUCCUUCGGGGCCGGUCAAGAUUGUCACAGAAAGAACUGGAUAUGAGGGACGAACCCGAAGCAAAGUUAAGGUGCCUAAGUAAAUGCUAUGCUGUUCACUUGGGUGUCUCAGACACCUGUCCCGAGCAGUUUGGCAUUAAAGCAUUUCACCAAUACUUUGCCGUCAUGGUAAAUUUGAUGCCAUGCCGAGUAGGCAGGAAUGAGGGUUGUUGA